UUUGAUGGCAACGUCGGUUGUGUAUACCACAUGUGGUUGAAGCCGCAGAAAAUGUCUGCCUCUUCCAGAACCGUGUGGGCAAUAUUUAAACACUGUUCAGCAACUGUAUUGCCCAAACCUCCAUCAGGUCGUGCUCUCCUUCAGUAUGGUAUAUCAGGUAGCCGAAAUUUCCACUCUUCCAGUUCCAUUUUCCAGAAAAAAAGAGAUUACUAUGAUGUUCUUGGAGUUCCCCGAAAUGCUUCUUUAAAAGAUGUGAAGAAAGCUUAUUAUCAACUAGCAAAAAAGUUUCAUCCAGAUACGAAUAAAAAUGAUCCUGAAACUAUUAAAAAAUUUCAAGAAGUGUCUGAAGCUUAUGAGGUUUUGAGUGAUGAUACCAAAAGGAAGCAAUUUGAUACUUGGGGAGCUACUUCAGAGCAAAUGGGUGGUGGACAGGGUGGACCAAAUGCAGGUCCUGAUUUUUCAAGACAUCAGAAUUGGAAUUUCCAAUCAAGUGUUGAUCCAGAAGAACUAUUUCGAAAAAUCUUUGGUCAAGGUGGUUUCCAAGGAGGAAGCUUUGGUGGUGAAGAUUUUGCAGAAUCCAGAUUUGGAUUUGGUGCAGCACAGGAGAUGACAAUGAAUCUAACUUUUGCUCAAGCUGCAAAAGGAGUAAACAAAGAUGUCUCUUUGAACGUUGUUGAUACCUGUACAAAAUGCCGAGGAUCAAGAAGCGAACCUGGAACGAAAGCUGUUAAAUGCCCGUACUGCAAUGGAACAGGAAUGGAAACAAUCAGCACCGGACCUUUCAUCAUGAGAUCGACCUGUAGGAGAUGCAUGGGUUCUAGAAUGUACAUAUCGAAUCCUUGCAUGGAAUGCGAAGGGAAAGGCUCUACGGUUCAGAGGAAAAAGAUCACUGUGCCAGUUCCCGCAGGCGUUGAAGAUGGCCAAACAGUGAGGAUGCAAGUUGGCCAAAAGGAAGUUUUCAUAACUUUUCGGGUGGAAAAAUCCGACUACUUCCGCCGUGACGGUGCCGACAUCCAUACCGAUGCCUAUAUUUCGUUCCCGCAGGCUGCGUUUGGGGGAGGAAUCCGUGUCCAAGGAGUAUAUGAAGACUUAGCGGUAGACAUCCCUAAAGGAACGCAGUCACAUACACGUAUCCGUCUGAACGGAAAAGGAUUACGCAAAGUGAAUAGUUAUGGAUUUGGUGAUCACUACAUACAUGUGAAAAUCAAAAUCCCCAUCCGACUCACAGAAAAACAAAGAAACCUUAUCUUGGCCUACGCCGAAGUCGAGGAAGAUACCGCUGGAACUGUGAACGGAAUAACCUACACGAAAGAUGGUAAACGAAUGGAUGGGAUCAAUGAAGCACCGAUGGCUGGUUCGGAGUCUCAAACGGCCAGCCAGGACACCCAGGGGAAAGAAAAUGGUCUUCUUGGUCGCCUUAAGAAAGCUAUUUUUGGAUAAGAUAUGAAAUGUCUAACGACUGCCAUAGUGUAUGUACGAAAAAGGCGAGUAAUGGCUUCUCUAUGGGCUCGAAAAGUGCUCGUUCAACUGUUGACGGCGAUUCCAGUUCCAAUGAGACAAAAGAAGAAAAAGCUCAGCGACAAAAAGCAUAAUUUACAAGUUCCAAAUUGCGCUCGCCAAUUUCCUUAAUUUUAAAGGAAAUACCAUUUGUAGUCAACUAAAACGAAAACUCGGGUGUAUUGACGAGUUUGUCGCAUUUGUACAAAAUAAACAAUUUCGAGUAAUUGAA